AUGUCUUCCCCAAGAGAGCCAGAAACCUCGAAAACGCCGAGAAAGAGCUCCCCUUUGAAGGAAAGGGCCUGCCCUUCCCUGCCGGGGGCCCCGGCUGGCUCGACAAUCCUGGCUCCUUGGAGGCCCAAAUCUCGACGCCUCGCACGUCCCGCCCCGCCCCGGGCCCGCUCGCGUCCCCUCGGGCGACAAAACCCUCCCGCCGGCGCUCAGCCAGGACUGACAGUUACGGCUGCAGCAGCCGCGGCCACCAGGGGCCUACUUCUGGCACCAGCCCCUUCGGACUACGCGCCCCCAAACACUCGCCUCGGCGGCGGGGGGCGGGGAAGGGGGGUGUCGACCUCGCCACAGCGGGCCCCGAAGGCCGGCCGAGUGACGGAGGGGAGCCAGCGCCGCCUGGCGCAGGCCGCGGCAACACUGACCUGUCGUCGCCCCCGCGCCUGGGCUGCGGCGGCCGCCUCACUGGUCGUAGUCGCCCUCGCCCGCCGCCUCCGCCCGCCACCGCCUCGUUCUCUUUCGCUGCCGCCACCGCCGGGGCUCAUGCGGGACCCGCGCUUCCUUAUCCGGAAAACGAGGCCGGGAAAGGGAGCGCCGGAGCCGCCGAAAUCCCGGCGUUCGUCGCCAGCCGCCGCUGCCUAUCCACACCGGGGGGCUGAGGGGCCCUCCUGCCAGGGGCUACAGGCCGCGAGCUAUUCCGAGGAGGAGCCGAAGGAGGCGCCGCCGCCCGCAGCCGAGCGCGCCGGGUCGGCAGAGGUGAAGCGUGCCUUUGCUAAGGAUGGAAGGACAUACAAAGAUGUGAAAAUCCAGGCACAGGCUCUUCCUCCAAGGUGGCUCAGUCUAGCAGGGGGAGACCCUCUAUGUAAAUAACUCUGAAGGAGAUGGUGGAGGUCUGUGGGGGCUGGAGCAGAUGGAAGGCUUUAGGGAAGGAAGCCCCAAGAUAAAGAGGGUGAAUUCAUCUGGUUGGGAGUGGAAAGGUACUGUGGGUUUUUGUUUUUUUGUUUUGCUUUUUGUGUUUUGGGGUUCUUUUGCUGAGAGAAUAAAGAGCAAUUAUGU